CUGGGAAUAUCUAAUUCUAUAUUUGCAUGUGUAUAGGAACACUUUCUGCCUCAAUUAACAAAUGGUUACUGUCAAUUUACACUAGUUACCGAUUUAAACGAUCAAAUUACUGAAAUUCACUUAAAUGACCCAACAAUGUGUGCAUCAGAAGCAGUCUAUACAGAGGGGAAUUAAACCAUCCGCAACCACGUUGCUCUAGUAGUAGCCGUAUCAGAAAUAACCGAACAAAAGUAACGUGAGCUUCUCAUAUUGAAAUAGGGACGGACAUACCGCAAACAAAUGACAAAUUACUACUGAUACUGAUAACUACCACAUUCGGGUUUUAACACUGAGGUGGGAUAAGGACAAAGUGUAUCACGUUAAAAGAUUAAUAACUUUAUAUACCAUGCGUUCAUGUUCACGACUGUAACAGUCUGACUGCUUUGUUUUUAUUUGUUGUGGCACGGUUUCAAGAAGUUUGUGAACGUUUUCAUGGCUUUAUGAGUGUGAUAUAAUUAUAUGGAGAUCUGUGAUUUGUGGGUUACACCUGAUAUGUGCAACAAAAGUUGGAUUAUUCAAAUUAUUUCGGUAUUCUGCACAUGCCUCAGUAGUGACCUUCACCCUUGAAGAUGGCUUCCAGACGGCUUAAGCAGACAUAUUUUACCUGUUCAGAAUGGUAAACAAAUCCAGCAUGAAUUUACUGUUCUUCUUCGGAGUGUUGAUUCCGGCGUUGGUUACCAUCGCGCUUUUCGUCGUAUUCUGCUACUGCUGGUAUAAGAUGAGGAUACGGAACCAGAUAUUGUACAAAAAACACGAUCCACAUAAGAUUGAAAAGUUACGUUCCAUUGGAAAGGACUACGAAGCCCCUCCUCCGCCACCUCCUCCAUUUAAAUCCAACAUGGCUCUAUUGAGCGAUACGUUUGGUCACAAUAAUAACAACAAGAACAAAUCAAACGACAAUUAUGAGGAAAGUCCGGAACCGACAGAGGGCUUUGACAAUCCGGCAAUGUAUCGCACUAACCCGGACAGCGGAUUUUCGGAUUUAAAUCAAAUUCAGUGUCAUGUUGAAAAUAACGCACAUCAAGUGCAGAGAAGUGAAAGUGUUCGUCCAAAUUCACAAGCAUCUGAUGAUUCUGAUGACUCGGGAUUUCGGAGUUCCCGAUCGGGACAAUAUAUUCAUAGUGCUAGUAGUAGUACAGGAAAUGCACAGGAGAACUGUGGGCAAUCAAACGGGGUUCACAGUUUGCAUGUGCAUGAUGCUGUUCCACUUUUUAAACCAAUCAAAAUACACCCAAAUGAAUCUGGACAGCAACCAUUAGUGUCAUAUGUGAACAGAAAUUCAAGUAAACACAAAAUUCAAAGGCAAAGGUUGCCUUUGCCAACUAGUCAGCAUUACAGUGUUGGAAAUACAUGUAGUGAAUCUCAUAAUAUGAGUAAUGCACCUGCAAUUAACUCAUCCCAACAUCAUAUGGGCAUUAUGAUGCCUACUACAAGUAACCUCGGCCAUAUUGCUUCACAACCUGGCCACAGUUCUGGUCAGUCAUGUAGCAAUUACAUUAGUAAGUCUAUAAACGAUGUCCAUGGUGGUCGACUGCAUAGCAUUGACAGCCAUGUAGGACCUGUAACUUGUGCGGGAAAUUAUGGAAUUAAACUGUGUUCUGAUAACUGUUCUAACCGGAACAAUAUUCAUCCGCAUGGUUUCUAUAGUGACGGAACAUUCAGCCAGCCGAACAGUAUUGGUUACGGAAGUGAUAUGAACAGUUUCGGUCCAAUGCAUAGCAUUGGAUACAUUGGUCCGGUCACAGACCAUGGACCAAUAAAACAAAGACAGCUGUGUUACCAACCGACAUUAAACAACCAGAUUUUAAUGAACGGUCACAUAUCGGUUAAUUCUCAAAUACCGGUUAACUCUCACAUUCCCGGAUAUAAUAUAACAAGUACAAGUCAUAUGAGACCUAUCAAUCCGGACACUGGAAUGUAUGGUAUUAAAAGUCCGGUGCACAGUAUAACUGAACCGUCACAAAAACUUACAAUUACACAAGCUAUGGUGCAUAAGCCUUACAUUGAGGAAUUAAGUGAUCCGACUCUAUAUUCUGUUGUAUAGUGCUUAAAAGUUUAUAAAAAAACAACAGUAGAAUGUUUCCGUUUGCAAUGAUUAUGAACUGGUCAGAUACAUUUAAAACAGUAUGUUGCGUUAAAAGCAAAAAAAGUGAAAAAUGAUGAAAAGUUAAGCUGAAAAAAACAAAACAUUGUUAUUCUAACAAUCAAAAAUUGUGUUUAUAGUUCAUAUCAAAAAUGGUGAUUCUAUAUUCUGUUUCAAAAUCUUAACCGAAAUUGGCAAAGAUUUUAUUUUUAUUGUCGUCUGACCUACCACUUUAAAUGGACGGCUGUUUUUCGAGGAUGAUCUUAAGAACUUUAUAACUCAAAUAGAUUGCAUUGUUGUGCUAUAAUAUUAUUAUUUAUAGACUUAAAUGUUGAAAGACAAUACUAUUAAAAGUGAGAUCCAUUCCAUAAUGUGAUAAAGUGCCAAACUUUUCUACAAUACUGGCAUAACAAAUUUUCUUAAUAUUCUCAAUAUGUACAGUUUUGGCUAGAUAUAAUUAUGUGUUUUUUGUUUUUUUGUUCUUUAAUUCCAUUAAAAAUGUUCAUAAAAUAUCAGCAAUUUUUUUUUUAUAUUCACAGUUUCAAAAUAUUUCAUACAAUGUCCAUACAUCAAUACAUGACGUCUCUUCUAAAAUAAUCAUACUGCAUUACGAAACUUAAAGUUUCCUUAACAAGACGGAAAUUCUGGUUGAAUUUUGGCUAACGACUUAUUCAAAUUAUUAAUUUAUCUAGGUCUUUUACUCAUUGUUACAAUAUUUAAGUCAACAUUGCUAUUCAAGUGGUCAUUUUAGAAGAAUUUGUUAAUUUGUUUCAUAACAAACCUCAUUGUUACUUGAGUACUUAAUUUGUAACCCUUAAGUUAUUAAAAUAGACUUGCCUUCCAUUGAAUUUGGAACAGUCCAUUCUUAUUUUGAGGGAAUUCAAAAUAAAAAAAAAUCUAAAUAUGAGGAGCAUCGGUCAUAUUGGUGAAACACGACAUGGACAAAUGGUUGAAUAAGAAAAUUUAUAUACCCUACAUUUGAUGGAUAUAAUAUACCGGUAAUGUUCAAUUUUGUUGAAAAGAUGUCGAAAUGUGUCAAAAACACUUCAAAACAGUCAAAACUUUUAGUUUGUUUUACUAAUGAUUUUAUUUAAAUCAUCAAGUAAUGAAGGGAAAAAAAAAAUAUUCCACUAUUUCAUGUGAAAAUUUGACAAAAAACAUUAAUAACUAUUUACGUAAAGGGUAGAUCAAGAAAAUGAUUUUUUGUUGUUGUUAAAAAGGUUUGCAACUGAAGAAAAAACAUUAGUUGAGAUCAAAAGAAAUCCACUGAUUUCUGAUCAGUUUUUUUUUAAAUUAGCCAUAAACUGUUACCAUGACAAUGUUGUUCAUCUCAAAUGUUUAAAUUUUCUUCAGUUUUCUUUCUUCUACUCUAUUUGUUAAGGAACACAUUUUCUAUUGUUUUUCAUAUGUAUUUAUUCAUAUUGUAUGACAAAUUUGCAUAAUAAAAUCAAUGAAAAUAACAGCA